AUGAUGGCGCAGCGGGCGCUUCCUAACCCUUACGCGGACUAUGACAAGUCUUUGGCCACCGGCUAUUUGUUUUAAUCUUUGCAGCUGACCCCCGAAUUCACGCAGCGGCUGAAUAACAAAAUCAGGGAGCUGCUCCAGCAGAUGGAGAGAGGCCUCAAGUCUGCCGACCCGCAGGACUGCACGGCGUACACGGGCUGGGCAGGCAUUGCUUUGCUGUAUUUGCACCUGUAUGAUGUGUAUGGAGACCCAGCGUACCUUCAGGUAGCCCACGAGUAUGUGAAGAAGAGCCUGAGCUGUCUGACAAGACGAUCCAUCACUUUCUUGUGUGGAGAUGCCGGGCCCCUGGCAGUGGCGGCCGUCGUCUACCACAAACUGCAGAACCAGAAGCAGUCAGAAGAGUGCAUCACUCGGUAA